AUGGAAUCUGAACAAUUAAAGCAAUUGAACGGAGAUAUAGAAGAAUUAAAAACAAUUUUAUCUAAAGUAGUUCGGGAAAAUGUAAAAAGGAAAAUAAGCCGAGUCAUAGAAGAUAUAACAGUUGAAAUAGCAAAAUUAAAACUUGAUGAAUUUCAAAAACCUAAUAAAAUAAAUAUUACAAAUUCAGAAAAAAAUGAUAAUAACAUAUCAUAUAGCUCUGUUCCAUCUUUUGCUUGGAAUCAAGAAAAAAAUAAAGUAACUGUAUUUUUAACAAUUAAAAAUAUCCAAAAUAUUAGCAAAGAAAAUAUAAUAUCAGAAUUUAACGAAAGAGAUUUCGAAAUAAAAAUACAUAAUGUUGAUUUUAAAAAUUAUCGAUUUUGUAUUAAAAAAUUACAUGAUAAAAUAAUACCAAAUAAAUGUUCUAUCAAAAUUAAAAAGGAUCUUAUUCAGGUAUAUUUAAUUAAACAAGAUAAUAAACAAUGGGAUAAUCUUCAUUUUAAAGAAUCGCCUAUGUCAAAAAUUAGACCCCCAAAAUUAAAUGAUCAAACUGAGCCGUCUGCUAUGCUUAUGGAUAUGAUGAAGCAAUUAUAUCAAGAAGGAGACAGUGACAUGAAACGAACAAUAGCAAAAGCUUGGUGCGAAGCCAAUGAUAAAAAAAAUGAUUUUGGUUCUGCUUUUUAA